AUGGCCACCGACGCCAAGUUCACCGACCAGAAUGCCCCGGUCACCAACACCAAGACCCGCGCCAGCUCUGACGAGGAGCAUGUGCGUGGCUCCAACGACGAGUCGUCGGUCAUCGAUGCCCAGACCUACGCCUACUCCGAGGACCGAAAGAUUGGUGUCACCGGUGCAGUGUUUCUGAUCCUCAACAAGAUGAUCGGAACUGGAAUCUUCUCCACUCCGUCCAGCGUCUUCGCGGCCACAGGUUCCGUCGGUGUCGCCUUUAUCCUCUGGCUCGUCGGUGGAAUCCUCACCUUCUGCGGUCUGAGCGUCUUCCUCGAGUUCGGUCUCGCCAUCCCCCGCUCCGGCGGUGAGAAGAACUACCUGGAGCGCGUCUACCGCAAGCCAAAGUACCUCGCAACCUGCGUCCUCGCCUCCCAGAUGAUCCUGCUCGGUUUCUCCUCCGGAAACGCUCUCGCCUUCGGACGGUACAUUCUCUACGCCUCUGGCUGGUCCACGGUUGAUGGAUGGCCGGCUCGUGGUCUCGCCAUCGUCUGUGUCACCUUCUCCGUCGUCCUCCACGCCACCCUUCCCAAGUGGGGUGUUCGUCUCUUCAACGUGCUUGGUGUCUUCAAGGUCGGCGUCGUGCUCUUCAUCAUCUUCGCCGGUUUCGCCGCUCUCGCCGGCCGCCGACUGGUCCCAGACCCCCACAACUUCGACAACUCCUUCGCCAUCGAGGUCGGAGACGGCUACGGCGGCGGUGGCGUCUACGCCUACUCCAACGCCCUGCUCAACAUCAUCUACAGUUACAAGGGAUGGGAGAACGCAAACUACGUCGUCUCCGAGCUCAAGAACCCGCGCAAGACCCUCGCCAUCGCCGCGCCCCUCGCCAUCGGCGGCGUCACCAUCCUCUACCUCCUCGCCAAUGUUGCCUACUUCGCCGCCAUCCCCAAGUCCGACCUGGCCAAGUCCGAGGUUCUCGUUGCCGCCCUCUUCUUCAAGAAUGUGUUUGGUGACAGCGCCGCCGCUCGUAGCUUGCCCGUCUUUGUCUGCCUGAGUAACUUGGGCAAUGUGUUGGCUGUCAGCUUUGCGCAUGCUCGUCUGAACCAGGAGCUUGCCAAGGAGGGUAUGCUGCCUUGGAGCCGAUUCUGGGCUUCCAACAAGCCCUUCAACGCCCCUGCUGCGUCUCUCUUUAUCCACUGGCUGAUUACCGUCAUUAUCCUGGUUGCUCCUCCUGCUGGCCCAGCUUACAGCUUCAUCGUCAACCUGUACACCUACCCCGGUGCCUGGAUCAACGCCUUUGUGGGCGCCGGUCUCGUCUACCUCCAGUGGAACAAGGCGGAGAACUGGACUUCUCCAUGGCACACCUACCUCCCCAUCUCGAUCCUCUGGUUCCUCUCCAACGUCUUCCUCGUGAUUGUUCCCUUCAUCCCCCCUGUCGGCGACUGGAACGCAGACGGUUACCCAUACUACAUCUUCCCCGUCGUCGGUGUCUUGGUUCUCGUCCUCGGUGGCAUCUACUGGGUCUUCUGGACCAUCAUCCUCCCCCGCAUCGGUGGCUACCAGGUUGUUGCUGAGCGCACGUUCGACGAGGAUGGCGUCGAAGUUGUCAGGUACCGCAAGGUCAAGCUGGCCUAA